UAUAAAUUCCGUGCUGUACCUCCCCCAUCCUCUGUAUCGAUACGACCCCACGACUAGACCACGAUGGACGCCAGACUACGCAGAGUAAAUAAGGAGAUUGCAGACUGCAAGAACGACAAGUCAUCCAAGAUCACCAUCGACCUCGUAGAUGACAGCCCGUUCCACCUCAUCGGCGGGUUUGACGGCCCAGAAGACACGCCGUACGAGGGCGGCCGCUUCCAAGUCGACAUCGCGAUCCCUGACAACUACCCCUUCCAGCCGGUGAAGAUGAAGUUCAUCACGAAAGUGUACCACCCGAACGUGUCCUCGGCGUCGGGCGCCAUCUGCCUCGACAUCCUCAAGGACGCGUGGUCGCCGGUGCUCACGCUGAAGAGCACGCUCAUCUCCCUCCAGUCCCUCCUAUGCUCGCCCGAGCCCCGUGAUCCCCAGGACGCCGAGGUCGCGAAGCACUACAUGACCAGCAAGAGCAGCUUCGAGGACACUGCGCGCUAUUGGACAUCCGUGUACGCCGGCGGCCCCGGGGGUGGCAAGAACGUCGCGGGGAAGGUCGGCAAGGCCGCGGAGCGGGACGAGAUCGCGAUGGCGGGGCUGGACAGGGCGCACGUCGCGCAGUUCGAGGCGCUUGGCUUUGAGCGGGCGAAGGUGAUUGAUGUGCUGAGGCGACUGAACUACCGCGGCGCGAAUGUGGCAAAUAUCAAUGACGACCGAAUCGUCGAGGAACUCUUGAAAUAGCAACUGUACUCCUAGUGUGCGUGUGAUCACGCUGCCACAUUCAUACCCACUUGUUUUCUC